AUGAACCAGGCUCAAUCCGAGUCGGUGCCCAAGCUCCCCCCUUGGGCGCAGGAAAUAAAGGAUAGAGCACGCGCGGUCGAUCAAGCCGCAGCUGCCACCGCAUCGCCAGAGGACCCUUCUACCGAUGCUGACAGUGUCGUAGCUACGUUCAACGAAUUAACACUCGCACCCGUCGAAGAUUAUAAUGCUCUCCUUGAGACCCAACCGAUGGGGGUAUAUGAGACAUGGCAGUCGCUAUAUCACGCGCGUAGUCGUUGCGGCAUCAAUCGCGAACUGGGAGCCUGUACGAAAGUCAUAUGCGAGGUAUUCCUGGCUUCAGACACGGACAGUGCAAAAGCAACACUCGUCCACGAGUUCGUGAACUCUGGCUUUGGUGCUUUUUACAGAGAGGUCUUGACUGAGAGCGAUUUCUUCGACGAGACCCCAGCAUUCGUCUAUAACAUCCUAGGCAUGUUCGACGGCUUGGCAAGCUUAGCAUCAGCCGAAUCUCGCUCGGGGCGGAGCAGGAGAAUCUGGUCGGAGAUGAAGAAGAUAGCUUCUGUCUUGUGGAAGGUUUCUUGGGCUCAUCAUGAAUACUUUCGCCCUGACCAUCCCAUGGAGAAAUACUCGCCCGUGCCAGCGCAUUCCUUCCGCAGACAGUUGCGGCACACUCUCUUGGUUUACCAUCCUUUGAUGAGGUCUGAUGACGAACUGCUUCUUGACGGUUACCAAGACUUACGGCGCCUAACGCUGCUCGCCUGGUUCUAUGACGCUGAAGAUAACAUGGAGCGUGAAGAGCAUCAGAGCGAGUUUCUCUUCCCUUGUAUCCAUACCGGCUUCCAGGCGCGCGGGGGGCGUAGCCAGGAUGAGAUUGCUGAGUCCAUGCUCCAAUUUGUUUCGGAAGACAUCACCGCCGUAUACGGCGCGGAAACCUAUCUUGCACGACUCUGUUUCACAUUCGAGAACCCGCACUACGUGGACGAACUGCUGUACACCUUCAUCAUGUCCUCCGGGCGGAUCCUUAUGCAUCCGGACUUCUCCCCCUACUAUGUCUCUUCCGGUAUCCUUGACGCUCUGACGGAAGCGCUCGAGCGCCAGGCAACAAGAGGCAGCGCCUCGGCAGAGCUGCAGUGGAAGAUACUCAAGGACAUCCUACCGUUAUUCGGUUGGGUGUCAGAGCGUACGGCUUUAUCGGAUGGCGCGGGCUACUUGAUCAAAAACUGUGAUUUCAUCGAGCUUCUGGCGCGUUCAGUCCUGACGUCCGCUCGAGCAACAUCUGACGACGGAUCCACAUGUGCCGACAUCUUGAAGAUCUACCGCACGAUAGCUAGCGAAGUCAACACUCGCAGCGUGAAGAAUCCGCUGAGAAAGACCCUCAGACAGUCCUUGCGCUAUGAGUGGUAUCGCACGUUGAAGGUCCUCCGCGCCUAUUCUUUGAGCGGCGAACGGGCUAGACGCAAACACUCCAAACUCUUGUCGUCGUGGAAGAGUCUGGGCGAAGCAAUCGGAUUGGAGGAAGAGGCGGAGAGAGCGGAUUACGAGCGAGAGAUGAAGAAAGCCGCGCAGUUUUGCUCUUGCAAGGAGUGCCGCUAUCACACCGAGAAGUCUGAUAGCCCUAUGAAGUCGUGCGUUGGAUGUGGGGAAGCUCGUUACUGUGGUCGACCUUGCCAGCAAAGGGAUUGGCGGGAGGGAAAGCACAAGGCGCGAUGCAAGAGGAUCAAAGACGCCCCAAACCCAUGA